CCUGAAUACUAACACUAAAACUACAAUUGGUCUCGAAGUCCAUAACGACAUAUUUGAAAUAGUUUCGGACAACCUAGAAAAUUUCAAACAGAAUAGCAAAUCUGGAAAGGACGAUAAUACAGCUAGUCUACAUGAGAAUAAACGACUCAUCAGCAUGACAGAUUUCGCUGGUCAGGUGGCCUACUAUGCCUGUCAUCAAAUCUAUUUGUCCAGAAGGGCGUUUUAUCUCUUGGUCAUUGAUAUGUCAAAAAAUCUGAAAGACAUAGCAUAUGAUCCAGAGAGACACAAUCCGAUUGGAUCACUGUUCGAGAAAUGGACUUACGAAAACUACUUUGUUUUCUGGUUGCAAUCCAUCAAAACCUACUGUGACGACAAAAAGAUGAAAGAAAAAUUCGGGGACCGUGUGGGAGCAAAUCCGGUGAUAUUAAUCGCAUCACACAGGGACGAACUAAAAAAGAAAAAAGUGAGAAAACCCGAGAAGCCAGCCAACCGUAGCAUGAUUGGAUAUCCGUUUUAUGAGGAGUUGGAGAAAUGCUUGCCUAAAGAACAGACAUUAGGGGGUCUUAUUUCACCCGAAAGGUAUUUCGAAGUUGAGUGUCCACCUAGAUCUCUCUCUAAAGAACAAGAAGAUAGCAUCGAUGAAGUCAGGAAAUGCAUUGUUCAGACAGCAACGAGUCUUCCCCACUGGGGAGAAAAAAUACCAACUCAAUGGUCGUAUUUUGAGCAAAUUGCUCAUAAAAAAAAGAAAGAGAAAAUUCUCAAAAGAAAGGACUUGUGGAAUAUGGGUACAAUUCAAUUUUCAGAUGAGAAUGAUAUGGAUGACAUGCUUCGGUUUUAUCAGGAAAUAGGGCAAAUCAUCUACUUCUCAGACGAGGGGCUUCGAGAUGUGAUUAUUCUGGAUGUCCAAUGGUUUGUAGAUGCCUUUAAAGCUAUCAUUACAGACCCAACGCAUGUACGUCAUUUUACAGAGAGAACAAAGGAAUGGAACGAUUUUGAAGAAACUGGCAAAUUGUCUGAUGCGACUUUAUGCAAAAUAUGGAAAGAAAAUGACAGAGAAUGUUAUACCGACUACAAAGACAAAAUUAUGCCAUACAUGGAAAAGCUCGGAAUACUAGCUAAUGUCAAGUCUCAGGAAGCGAAAAGAAAGAGUCACAAGAAAAAUGAAAACAAGUUUUAUUAUAUCCCUAGCAUCAAUAAGAAGGAUCUUAAAGACGAACACAAGCAAAUCAUUGAUGAAGGAAACAAGACACCCUUGUUUAUAUUCUAUUUUAGAAAUUACCUGCCCCAUUUCUUCUCUUAUCGCCUGUUCGUUAAUUGUUUUCGGAAAUGGGAAUCCCUGCGAGACGAUCUCUUCUUUAAAAAUGCUGCCUUUUAUAGCGUUCAAGGAGGAGACCACAACAUCGCUAUUGCAGUAAGCAAAACUUCAAUCCAGUUACAAGUAUUUACACUAGCCAAAAAUAUCAAGCUGGAAGAAGAGGAGACAAAGAGUAUACGGUCGGUUGUGGAAGAGAUGAUCAACGAAAUUACCACCACAUUUCAUGAACAAGUCGAAUGCGAAAAAGGAUUUGCUUGUAAGGAUCUGAAAAUAACGGAAGAAGAUGAAGAUAUGUUUCUGAAAGAAAAAGACGUGGCCCAGUUACAAACUAACCACCGACCAUGUCCGAAACAUCUUAUGAAAUCCGAGAGUCAUCCAAUAGAUAGAGAUAGUCUUCUGAAGUACUGGUAUAAGGGCGCAAACCCCAAUGCAUCACAGCUGGAUAGUACAUAACAGCAUAUUUUAUUUCGAAGAAAACUUGCCGCAUACUGAAUGGUGCUGUGUGAUUUUUACCAAUAUGUACAUAUUUCAUAUUUCACUACUCUUUUGAAGUGACACGAAUUAACUCUAGUUUGGGAGGUUGUUUGCUAUUUUUGAUUAAGGGCAAGUCUCUUACAUAAGGGACAAAGAAAAGCAAAUUAUUUUCAAAGAUAUAACUCAACAUCUAUAUAUCAUUAAUGGAGCAUUAUUGAAGCAAAUUUCUAUGUAUAGACGUUCUGCAACUUCUAAUAUGAUAAAAUGAGUAUUAUUGGUUAUGUAGUACGGGAUUUAUUGAGAAAUCGUGUAGAAAACGUUGAUGCUUCUUACCUCUUCACCGAAAAAUAUUUUGCAAAGCAUUAUAGAACAAUUGCUCAGAAGAUUCUAACUAAUAUCCAAACUUUAAAGUUAUUUUACGAUCCUUUUAAAGGAUUUCCGGAGCUAGUCUUAAAGUUGUAUAUUCCAAUGAACUGGAAACCGAAAUAUCUUUCUUAAACGUUGUAGAACAAACGUUGUAGAUUGUGAUAAAACCUAUUAACGUAUAUCAAUUUUCAGGGACCAGUUGCUGAUUUGAGGGACCAGGGGGUCAACAGUGUUUGUAAAGAUUUCGAAAUCUUUAAUGCAUUUUUGAAGCAUUAUUGAAGCAAAAUGCUUGUUUUAGCGUUCUCCAACUACUGAUAUAAAGAAAAUAUUUCGUCAUAUAAUACAGGAUUUAUAGUGAACUAAUGUACGAAACUUUUUAUUUUAUCGUUACAACGAGAACUAUUUUGUAAAUCUAAAGAUUGUUAUUCUAAAUAAUAUUCACGGUUCAAAAUCAUUCUUGCGACUCCUUCCUAAGAAAUUCGAGUGCUGCUCCCAAAAAUUCGACUAUCUCAAAUAUCUCGAAACUGAAUAUAUAUUUUGUUCAAUGUCGUAGAACAACUAUGGUAAAUAAUUGUAAGACGAUAUCAAGGUUUAGGGGCCAGUCCCUAAAAUGAGAGGUCAGGAGGGAUCAAUAGUAUUCUCUAAAUACCUCACAAUGUACAACAAAUCUGAGGCACUGUUGCAACUUAUUUUCUUUUUCAUUUUGACGUUGUCCAGCUUCUCUGCUGAUAGACUGUAAAGAGUGUCGGCUACUGUACACCCUUUUGAGAUUGUUCCGUUCCAAAUUUCUUUGAUUACUUUAAAAGUGUCACCGUUUCAUCCCGUGCAAAGGGGAGGGGUUAAUUGUUUUUAUGUUUUGAAAUAAUUCUCAUUCCACUGACAAAAACGUGGAAUUCACAUCCAAAUGUUAGACCUAGGCCGAGGAUCCACAAAUUGUAAUGCCUAUGUCAUUGACAAUACUUUAUGCUCCUGUCAAGCAGUGUUGGAAUAUUUUUCAUUAUGACAUACAUCUACUAAAUUAUUACAUUCAUCUUUAUUAGAUCGAUUUAAAAUUGAUGAACAUAUCGUAAUGAUCCGCAUAAACAAAAAGCCAUCGUCUCGGUAAAUUCGAUAAAUCAACUACUAGUAGACUGAAGAAUAUUUUUCAGAAGUAUGAUUUUAAAAUAAACUCACUCCGAUUUUUCUCGUUUGAAUAAUUAGAUCUAUACACAUUUAUAGCGAGCUAGGCCCAGUAAUAGAUUACAGUACAUGUAAGUUUUUAGCUAUACUGUAAAAUACUACAGCAAUACUUAUACUUGUAUAUAAUGCUAUACCAACAUUUUGUAUUCUGGAUUAAUAUGUAUUCUUGCAUGUAUUAACAUUGUUAUUUACUGUGUAGCACUGGAAAAGUGACGGAAUUAGGAUCCCCUCUGUUUGUAACAAAACACAUACGAACAUUAACUCUUCUGGGUAUCUUCAUUUCAAUUCCAAGAGCUCUCUAAAGAUUAAAUGGGCUGUUAAGUUCAAGAUAGUACAGACAUUAUAAAAUCCCAGGUAAACAUUUUCAACAAGAUUUCCUCUUUAAAGCAUCUUUAUAAGGUACUAAAUUGAAAGUGGUUGUCUUGGAAUGCAUUUAUUAUGAUUUUGAUUAAAGUCAUACUUUUUAAGGAGGUAUGCUACACCAAAGAAAUUUGAUAUGAAUGAAAAGUGGAGGAUAUGUACAAUAUUUAAAAAUUGAAAACUUUUAAAAUUUACUUUAUUUUGUAAAAAAAAAAAAAAAUGCAACAUUUUUUGUUUACGACGUAAUCGAGGGUUUUUAUAAGGGGUAGAUCUGUAGCUCUCUGAUCUAUCCCAAUAUUUCCUCAGAGAGCUACUGUUCUGCAUCUCGUUUAAGGUUAGGCAUAAAAUUGAACUUUUAUGAAAAUCACCGUAUUUGACACUCAAUCUCUGAAUUUUGUAAUAUAUAAUCAGUUUGGUUGUUUCUCAAUAUAUUAUUGUGCAUUGUUUGUAAACAUUAAUGUCAACUUAUUUCUGAAUAAACAUAUUUUUUUAAACUAAGCUAUGUAUUUUAGAUGAUAUAUAGUGUAGUCGGUGUAUAUUUUCAUAUUUUACCAAUGUAUUUAGUGUUUCUUUUUAAAGUUCUGUACUUUUAUGUAUUUUUUCAAUGAAAUUUUAAAACAUCUAAAUGCAUUAAUAUUGACUACAAUAUUUUGGCGUUAAUCUUCACAAUGUACACUCAAAAUGCAAAGACAAAAGGAAUUAAGUCUGUAAUAUCUCAUUAAGUCUUCAUGCUAUCUAAAUAUAGUUUCACAUAUUAAUCACUAGUAAGAGCAUACUGUCAACACUUUGUGUUUUGUUAAUGAAUUUCAUAUAAAAAAAAUACCUUGAUUUGUGUGUACUAAUUUGGAUGUAAAAUUUAUAAAGAAGGCAGACGACGUUCAGUUGAUCAUAUAUUUUUAAUCAAAUCAUGUACAUCCCCAUAUAUUGGUUUGACAUGAACCUGUACAUACCUUCUUUGAUAUGAAAGAAAACGUUCAAAAGUCUAAUGAUAUUCAACAUAACUUUCCGAUCAUUUUUCUUUAAAUGUAUCUGAUGGAAAUGCCAUUUUCCGGAGAAAAUUCGGACUAAAUUUUUCUUUAUUUUUAUUGGAAUCAUAUAGAAAAUGUAUUUUAUUUUACCUGUUAGUAUCCGGACACAUACUGUGUGAAUGGUGACCAUUAAAUAUAUUCAAAUCACAA